AACGUUUUGGUUGAGUGAGUGAGUUCGGCACUUCUUUCGCUAUCCCGCGUUCCCCCCCUUCCCCCUUUCCAGAAUCCCACUUUCCCUCUCCUUGCGUCUCUCCCUCUUCGAUUGUACAUUUCCCCCCCUUCCCCCCUGACCCCUUCGAUCCUAACCCUAACCCCUCAUAGAUUUCCUUUCCCCUUCGAUUCCUUUCCCCUUUCCCCUCAUAGAUUUCCUUCGAUUCACCCAUUCCAUCGAAAUCGACCCACGAAACCGUGGUUUUGUUGAGGAUUUCACCUUCGUUCGUGCGUGUAACCCUAACCCUAACCUUCGUUCGAUUCACCGAUUCACCCAUUCCAUCAAUAUAUACCCACGAAAUCGUGGUUUUGUUGAGGAUUUCACCUUCGUUCGUGCAUGUAACCCUACCCCUAACCUUCGAUCGAUUCACUCAUUCCAUCAAAAUCGACCCAUGAAACCGUGGUUUCCUUCUUCCUCAAUCACGGCAUUUGACCUUCGUUUGUGUGUGUAACCCUAACCCUAACCCAUUUCCCACUUCAAACCCCAGUCCCUUCGAUGCUAACCCUAACUUGUCCAAAAUCGCCAGUGUAACCCUAACCCUAACAUCAACCACUGUGUAGAUCAUGUUAGUUAUCCUACAGUUUGGUCACGUUGAUUUGGUUUUACUUUCAAGCAUAGUUUUUGUAUGUAGAGUAUUUUUGUUCUUUUAAAUAUCAAUUAUACUUGAUAAUUUUUGAUGGAUUGUUUUAUUCCAGCAUAGACUUGAAUUACAUUUGUAGUGAUGCUGAUGGCUUUUGUUCUCGAUAACAUAACAAAUAUAUGCUUCUGAAAGGCUGAAUAACACUGAUGUGGACGUUUGUAAUUAACUCUGGAUUUACAUUUUUCUAGCCACCAAAUAGAAUACCUCUGUUUCGAAAACUGCCUUCUGCUACAGGUAAUGUUAUAGUUUCUUAAUUAAUUUUUACAUCAACUGUUUACAAUGUAAAUGUUAGAAUGUUACUUUUACAUCAAUCUUUACAAUGUUACAAGUAAUGUUAUAGUUUUUUAGUUUAUUUGUUGAAUUCUGAAUUAGAUUUUUUUGCUUACAAUGUUACAAGUAAAGUUACAAUUCUUCAUGUCGACUCUUUAGGACCUGUCUUAGUUUAGCAUUAAGUCAGUUUAAUGAAUUACAACUUGUUUUUGUUUUUCCCUAGUUUAGCAUAUGAAUCAGAACAUGUCUACAUUUGUAUUUCAAAAGACACAAGUAAUGUUACAUCAAUCUUUAUAAUGUGUCAUUCUUUCUAAUGUAGACAGUUUAAUUAAACCUUUUUGGUCUAAUUAGAACCUGUUUUUGUUUGGGCAUCAUUUAAGUUUCCCGAAUUACAGCAACUGGUUUAGCAUAUAAAUCACAAGUAAUUGUUGUUUGGUUUUCAAAAAACACAAGUAAUGUUACAUUUAAUUUUUAUAAUUUGCCAUUCUGAUGUUUCAGUUUUUCAGCUUCUUAUUCUUUCAGUUUCUCAGUUUUUCAGUUUCUUAGUUUUCCAGUUUCUCAGUUUUUCAGUUUAAUUAAACCUUGUUGGUCUAAGAGGAACCUGUUUUUGCUUUAGCUUCAGCUUGUUUUUGUUUUUCCCUAGUUUAGCAUAUGAAUCAGAACAUGUCUACAUUUGUAUUUCAAAAGACACAAGUAAUGUUACAUCAAUCUUUAUAAUGUGUCAUUCUUUCUAAUGUAGACAGUUUAAUUAAACCUUUUUGGUCUAAUUAGAACCUGUUUUUGUUUGGACAUCACAAGUAAUAUGAAUACUCACUUUUUUUUCCCCUAUACUUAUCAAAACAAUUGGUCUUUCCUGCUUACUUGCACAUUCUGAGAUGGCCUUCGUCCAGAUGUCAUCAUCACCAUCAUUAUCAUCAGCAAUGACUUCUUCAUCCUUUGCUAAACCUGCUGUUGAUCGACCAUUCUGCUACUGUGAGGUUCCAGCCACAUUGAGAUACUCACAUACUGGCAGAAAUCCAGGACGACCCUUCUUAGGUUGUUCGAAGUAUAACACAGAGGGAUUACCUUAUUGCAAAUUUUUCAAAUGGGCAGAUGGUAAUCAUGAAUAUGAACUGCAGCUUCAAGAAUGUUUAAAUGAAUUGUUAAGGAGCCAAAGAGAGCUCAAGAAGAAACUUGAUGACAUGAAGAAGACAUUGAUUCAGCUUUGUAAGAGAGUAGAGGAAACCGAGAAGAGAGAGUUGGGGCUUCAAAAGCAAAAAGUUGAAAAUUGUCGUUCGCGUAGAUUACUCGGUCUUUAUUGGGCCUUCGUAGUUAUUGUGUCAUGUUAUGUAGUACUAUGUAGGUGACUUUGAAACUUGGUAUAUGUUGUGAAGUUUGUAGGCUUAUGUUAGAGUGUAAUGUAGUUGGUAGUUGGUGCUUACUUAGAGUUCACCAAUGAAUUUUGGUAUGUUUGUACUUUGCUUAAAUACCUGAUCCAGCAUUUAACUUGUACCCUUGUAAUCAAAUUAUUUUGAGCUA